CAGGUAGGCAACUACAGGCCAAUACAGGAUGCGGUACAGUGGUAUUGUAUUUUUCUUCUGGGCGAUCCUUCUAGAAGAAACCGUGGCCGAACUUAUCUUCAGUGAUGAUCAACCCAAGGACCAUUGCAAAGACCCACCUGAAAGGGGAACGAAUUGUCGUGAAAGCAACACCAUGUGGUACUUCCAACCAACAACAAAAACAUGCCUUCAAACUGAUUACCCAGUCUGCAGUGGUGUCAACGCCUUUCCAGAGGAAGACGUCUGCUUACAAACGUGCAAUCCAGAGGCGUUUAUGGACUACGAAAAUAUAGGUGAUGACCGAUGCACUCAGCCGCUUGACAACGGAAAGCUAUGCGAAAAUAAAGAUCCUCCGCCUGACGAGAAGUGGCGUUACGACAGGGAGAGCAACACAUGUGCCCCUUUCACACAUCUAGGAUGUGGAGCUCCUAGUUAUUUUAACACAAGCAAUGAAUGCCAAGAGGCAUGCUUGCAAGAUACGAACGACGUGGAGCAAGAUGGUUCUACAGAAAGCCCAUGCAACGGCCCACUUAAGAGAGGAAAUCGUUGUCGAGGUACUGGAAAGCGUCGCGAGGGGCGUCGUCAGAUGUGGUACUUCAACGAAACUUCGAAUACAUGCCGUGAAUUUACCUACCGGGGGUGUGGUGGCGGUCAAAACAUGCAUUCCGACCAGAAUGCAUGCAGAGAAAAGUGCAAGCCGAGCAAGCAAAAAUAAACUUCAAAGUAUUGGCUUU